AUGGCAGGAUACUAUGGACCAGUGAUGUCUGAAACUGCAAAAUUCUUCUCCCUGGUCGACAGAUUCUUUGACUGCCUGAAUGGCCGUUCACUGCAAGAGUCUGUCCGUGUUCGGAAACCGGAUCUGGCUCCUUACAAAGUACAAAAUGAUCAAAGAUUUCAGUUCCUGCAAAGAGAAUUCCUUGGAUAUCUGGAGCAGUGGAUGACGGCAGUAAAAAACAGACAAGGAUUUUCGAAAUCUGAACAAAACAAAAUGUUCCUCUCAUAUCAAACAUAUGAGGGGAUUGUUAUGACAGUGAAUGCUUUCAUAGAGGCAACUAAGUACCUGUUAGGCCAAGGACUACCAUAUGUGUUAAGCCACGACUUCUGCCAGGAUCCACUUGAAGAGCAUUUUGGGAGGCACCGUGGCCUUGGAUCACGGCACGACAACCCUACUGCUCAUCAGUUCAGGUUCGAGUAAAAUGUGUACAACUAACUUCAUUCUAUUCACUACAAGAGGACCAUGGGGCAUUGUGCUUACCUGAGUCAC